AUAUACAAGUCCCUCUCCUUUGAUCAAAACACAAAACAGAUAAACUAAAAAAACUAACAAUACCAUAUCUCCUUAUCUUUAUCAGCAACGUCUCAUUAUCCUUUUUAGUUAAUCAUUUUCCCAUUAAUGGCAUCAAGAAACGGCAGAAUUAGUCUUAUUAGUCCCAAUGAUUUACAAUUUGAGUUUGAUGAAGCUGAUAUUUGGAACAAUAAUAAUAGUAAUAUCGUUCCUAGUCACUCUGAGUCCAAAAAAUUAAUACCAAGUUCACGUUUCUUGAAAAAACCAGCAAAAAUAUUUGUGCCUGCAGCAUCAACAUCAUUGCCCGUGAAAGUACCUGAUUGGUCGGAAAUCCUAGGUAACGAGUACGAGAAUUGCUUGAAAGAGACCAACUAUAAUGUUCGAGACAAUGAUGAUUUUGAUGAGGAUAACAGAAUUCCGCCUCAUGAAUAUUUAGCAAGGACAAGAAUGGCUUCAUUUUCUGUGCAGGAAGGUAUGGGGAGGACACUUAAAGGAAGAGAUUUGAGUAGGGUGAGGAAUGCUAUUUGGAAACAAACUGGUUUUGAAGACUAACAAUUUUGGAGUUUUUUUGGUUCUUUUAUUUUUUUUAGUUUUUUUCUCUAUGAUCGUAGUGUUGGGUCAGCUUGCGCGUACUUCAACUAAUUUCACAGAGUACUUGCUACCUUCCGUCAGCAUAGAUAUCGGAUAACUCUAUUCACCAAGGCUUAGACUGAUGAGAAGAAAUCGCAUAGUAUUUUUACCUCAAACUAAAAUUUGAACUUCAGAUCUCCUGAUUCUUAGCUUUAUCAUUUCAUCACGAGGUCACACCUUUGGAUAUUUUUUGGGUUCUUGUCUUCUUGAUGGACUAAUCUGUUAUGUUUUGCAAGUGUUUUUUGGUAGACCGAUUCUCUGGUUUUUCUGGUUUGUUUGUAGCUAUGACUUCACGUUACAGAGAAUCACUUAGAAAAUUCGUAUUAUUCCCCAUUUUGUUGAUAUCCUCUUUCCUUGUAGAAUCAUCGGAAUUUUGCAAUUGAAACAUCAAUCAAGAGGAUGAUCAGUUUGUAGUUUCUAGUAAUUUUUGUAUUCUGUUUUCCUGAAUAUCUAUAGAAUUGUCACCAAAUGAUUUUUUGUUUA